AUGGGUCUGUCUCUACAGAACCUAGGGUUAUCCCUAUUGAUCCUGGUCGUUUUCUCUGGCCAGGUACAUGCUUUUGGUGCUGGGAACAUCGCAUCUCUUUCCAAGCUGGAAGGUCAAAAUUGGCGUCAUGGCGAUAUCGAAGAUACUCUUUUGGCUCUUUUUUUGGCCAGAGUGGCUGGUGGUAAGAAGUUUGGCAAGCUGGAUGUGAAGCGUGUUUACUUCGGCAACUGGUUGCGUGAUUAUAGUCAGGCUGUUGAUGUCGGUACUGUUAAGUAUGUCAGUGCGGAGGCUAUCCGUAUCCUGAUUUGGGUGCUUGGCUUCAUGAGCUUUGGAUACGGCACCAAAGAAUUCGAAGUCACAACCGAACGUCUGGGAUGUUACCAACCUACCGAGCAUAUCGAUAAUCCACUAGGAUACGCUGAGGGUGAGGAUGCACGGAACUAUGACCACCGACUGCGUGGUCCCGUCGACGAAGAGCAAGAGCUUUCUAUUGACCCGCGUACUGGCUUGAAGCAUUACAUCGCAACGGAGGAUAUGGGUAUCGACACCUCGGCUGCACUCAUUCGUCGUGUUCUUGGCCGCUCAAUUAGACUUGGCCGCCAAUAUGGCCGGUCCGGAAACAAAGACGAUUUCUAUGAAGCUCUUCGACUCCUGGGCACUGGUCUGCACUGUCUGGAAGACUAUGCUGCUCACUCGAACUACACGGAACUCAGUCUGAUUGAACUUGGAGAGCAUGAUGUAUUCCCUCAUGUUGGACGUGACACCAAAGUGGAAGUUGAGGGCGCCGGAGAGGUCUACCCGAUUGUGACCGGUACCUUUGGCGGUGUUGACUUCUUCCAUUCUGUGCUUGGAGAGUUGUCUGAUAAGACAAUGCAGUCCGAACUGCAGUCGUUGGAAAACGCCAUCACCGAAUCCGACAACCAGGACGCUUCCGAGAGCUUUCUGCAAAACCUACUGAGCAAGAUCCCAGAGGGACUGCUGGGUGACAGCAAUGACCAGACUGACAAAAUGGAUGACUUCAAGUCUAAGGCUGAUGAUGCUAGACAUGAAAGCCAGGAGGUCAACCCGCGUGAACCCGAGGAGUGGACUAUGUACCUGAACAAUGUUCAGAGGCAGAUCUACCCUGUCCUUGAGUGGCACGACAACCUUCUGAAAAGAAUCAAUGAAGCCAUCGAAAAGAUCCCAGUCUUGCCAGAUCUGAUUGAGCAGCUUCAGGACCAGAUCACUGUCUUCGUUUUUUCUAUCCUGGCUCCUUAUGUUCUUCCCAUCAUCAAACAGGUCAAGUCCGAACUGGAAACAGGCUCUUCCGAGGUGAUCCAGAGCAGCCGAGAGCAGCAGCACGUCGUGUUCAACGACGAUAGCUGCUCUAAUCCGACCCACUCCAUGCUCUCCAAGGACCACUUCUCCAACAUUUUGAACGAGCCAGCUGGCCGCAUUGCCUCUGAGGUUGUCAAGUGGUCUGUCCCUCAACUCAUGCAAUGCUGGGACCACGAGGAUGCCGAUGUCGACCGAACCCUCGACAGAAUCAUCUCUGGUGUCUUCCACCAUCCGGCUCUGCGCGAGAAUGGCCGUGACGGCGCCUCCGAUAUCCGUCAAACCAUGUUCUCCACAGUUGAGAAGUGGUGGAGGGAGAAGGACGACGAGGAGCGCGACAUCCUCCGCGACCAACUUAGCCGCGAUGGUGUUCUGGAAGGCCGGAACCACAAGGAUGGAGUGCAGGACUGCGGACACGGAUGUGGCAAACCCCUUGCUCUUCCCAAGGCCCAAGGCAGCUCCGGAGGCCAAAACUCCGGGAACUCCGCCAUCGAGAACAUCGCCUCUGAGGCCAUGGGAGGAGGAGCGUUGGGUGGUCUGCUCGGCGGACUUGUGGGAGGCAUGGGUUCCAUGCUUCUCAACAACGACAGCUCGAGGCCUGAUCGGCAGAGUCCAGAGCCCCAGCGCUACGAAAGCAGUUAUGACCACCAGAGCCGUCCCCAAUAUGACGGCCAGCAAUAUGGAGGGGACUCGUACGGUCAAGUGCAGCCUCCUCGCCCCAGUGGAUAUGGCUAUCAGGGUGGAUCAGGCUAUGAAGCGCCCCCUGUUCACCAUGAAGAGUACCGUCCUACCCCGGGUGGAUACGAGUAUCAAAGCGAAACAACAUGGGGUCAGCCUCCUCCCCGUCGUGAUGAAUACUCUGGCUAUGCGCCCCCGGCAGAGAACUUCCAACGCCAGGAGUACUAUUCAAGCCACUCGGAAAGUCAGGGCUACUACCAGGAGGAACAACGAGAGACCUAUCAGUCUGGCCACUCUGAAUAUCAGCACACGCAGCGCGUUGAAUACGGAGGACCACCUCCCCCCAGAGAUUUCGGAUAUGGUGGACCUCCACCCCGUCAAGAGUUUGAAGACGAGUCCUCUGGCUAUGGAAGACGCCAACCUGGCUACAAUGAAUUCGAAAACUCCGGCGGCUAUAGGGCCCACGAGGAAUAUGGUCAGCGUGCUGAGGGCGGGGAUGGAUACCAACGAUAUGAUGAAGAGCGCUCGGGCUCUCGAAGUGGCAGCGAGGAGCGUCACCGACGACACCACCACCAUCAUCACCACCAUGAACGGUCUGGAUCGGACUCGGAUUAG